AUGGAUGGGAAGAAUUCCUCCUGGUCUUACCAGCUCAUGCCAGGAGAUACUUAUGGGAAAUAUUGGAAUAGCACUGAGGACUACCUGACUUUCUUCUGUGGUCCCCGGAGAAGUCACUUAUUCCUGCCCAUGACGGUGGUGUAUGGCCUGAUCUUUCUGGUUGGAGUCACUGGCAAUCUCUUAGUUUGCCUAGUGAUUCUGAAACAUCAGACUAUGAAGACACCUACCAACUAUUACCUUUUCAGCCUAGCCAUUUCAGACCUAUUGGUUCUGCUCUUUGGUAUGCCAUUAGAGAUCUAUGAAAUGUGGUACAAUUACCCAUUCCUCUUUGGGCCGGUGGGCUGCUACUUCAAGACUGCCCUUUUUGAAACAGUUUGCUUUGCAUCUAUCCUGAGUGUGACCACAGUCAGUGUGGAACGGUACGUGGCCAUCCUCUAUCCUUUCCGAGCCAAGUUGGAGAGCACACGGCGGCGGGCCCUGAGGAUCCUUGUCAUCCUCUGGAUCUUCUCUAUUCUUUUCUCCCUUCCUAACACAGGCAUACAUGGCAUCAAGGUCUAUCACUUUCCCAAUGGGACCUUGAUCCCAGAAUCAGCCACCUGCACUGUAGUCAGACCUAUGUGGAUUUACAAUUUUAUCAUCCAAGUGACUUCUUUCCUCUUUUAUGUCCUUCCCAUGGCUGUCAUGAGUAUCCUCUAUUAUCUCAUGGGACUAAGACUGCGGGGGGACCAAUCUCUUGAAGUUGAAGAAAUGGCUGCAAAUGUUCAGAGACCUUCCAGGAAAUCAGUCACAAAGAUGCUGUUCAUUUUGGUCUUGGUAUUUGCUAUCUGCUGGACUCCAUUCCACGUUGACCGACUCUUCUUUAGUUUUGUGGAAGAAUGGACUGAAUCUCUGGCUUCAGUGUUCAACCUUGUCCAUGUAAUAUCAGGUGUUUUCUUCUACUUGAGUUCUGCUGUAAACCCCAUCAUCUACAACCUGCUCUCCCACCGAUUCCGUGAAGCCUUUCUCAAUGUGAUCUCUCCCUUGUGUAAACACUGGUAUCCAAAGCAUUCCCCAAGUGUCCCUCCUGCUCAUCAGGACACCUUCUUACCUGGGGAAUGCCGUCUCGUGAAUGAUGAUGUCAGCUCCACAUUUCCACAUCGAACAUCCAUCUGCAGCUCACAUUUGUCCACUGUCCUCUGA